GGUCGGCGACGACGAUAGGGGAGCGGGCGGUGGCGAAUCAAGCUGCGACAGCAACGCAAGCGCAGAUGAUGAUGGUGAUGACCACGGCGAUGUAUGUUCAAGACCCCCUGUCACAGCUAGACAGCGACGACGACUUCGACUCCGACGAUGACAUCAUCGCGAUGGAGCUUCCGGUCGGAUUCCGUCUUCAAGAGUCACCUCCAGAAAAGCUGGAUCGUGCAUUGGUUAACCGUUGGGUGUUCUUGAGGCGUGGUAUGGGGUGGUUCUCGGGGCAGAUCAGCCGGACAGCGCCCCCGCAAACUAGCCAGACGUACGACUACCGCGUGGUUUUGGCGCACGAUCAAAGCACCAUCAGUGUGAAGAUGCCUCUAGAUGCAUGCGAUGUAGACAAGGCGAACGCAGCCGUAGGAGCGUGGGCGUUGAUCGAGCCGAUCGACGAUUCGAAUGUGCCGGCGGGGGGGUGUGAGGGUGAACAGCCACGCCGGCAGGGCAGUAGGGCGCGAACCCCAACGUUCGCAACAUCGAUCAACCGGGAUAGAGCAUGCCAAGUUGCGACAACUUCACCAAUCGAUUUCGAAGGGCGUUAGGGAUAUACGGAGUAGUUUGUCCGCACGCACAUUAGCACAAUGACUUUGCGCUUCUUUUUUUUCAGUUCAGUACUCCCGGGUGUCGUGCAAGCAUGUACCCCGCGAGUAGUGCAAAGCUUCGUGGCUGGAAAAGGAAAUAGGUAUGAUAAGAAAUCGUGCUGUUCGCAUGGUGGCGAAAAGAAAGGAAAUGGCGAAAAUAAGAAAUCGUGCAAUUCUCGUCGGGGAAAAAUAGGAAAUGCCGACUGAGAAAUUUAGCUCACUUAUGGCUGCGGCAAUAAGGUUUGAGCCUCAGCUGAAAUAGGUGUUUCUUCUAGUGGGCCGGCACUG